AUGAGCGUUGUGACCAAGUCCUCCCCGGUGCUCGUCUGCCCAUCGUCGGAACCGGCCGGCAGCGGCAAGGGCAAUGGCAGCCACAUCAACCUCUCCUCCGUCGACAACUGUUACGCUUCUCUCCCGGUAACCUCGCUGCUGGUGUUCGACCAACCGAUCUCUGACCCCGUGGAGACCAUCAAGAGGGCCCUGGCGCAGGCGCUGCUCCACUACCGCCCCAUGGCCGGCCGCAUCGCCGAAGACCGCCGCAUCACGUGCACCGGUGAGGGUGUGUCCUUCGUGGGUGCGUCGGCCAGCUGCGCCCUGCCGGAGCUGGUCCCUACGUCAACGGUACCGAUUGACGACCUCGCGCUUCAGUACCCUGCCCCGAUGUGCCGCCGCGGCGACCCCUUGCUGCUCAUGCAGGUGACCGAGUUCUCCGGCGGCGGCUUCACCGUGGCCGUGACGUGGAACCACGCCGUCGCCGACGGCAAGGGGAUGGCGCAGUUCCUGCAGGCCAUCGGCGAGCUCGCCCGAGGGAUGCCGGCGCCGUCCGUCCUACCGGUGCGGUCUCCCGAGAAGGCUGGCCCGCUGCCGGUCGUCCCCGCGCCGACGGUCGCCAUGCAAAGGGUCAUCUUGAGGUUCGCGACCAGAGGCAAGGCGGCUCUGGACGUCACCGUGCCGUGGAGCCUGAUCCGCCGCGUCAAAGCCGAUUGUGGUGGCUGCACUGUGUUCGAGGCCGUUGCCGCCGUGCUCUGGCGGUGCCGCACCCGCGCGGUUAUCUCCGAUCCUGAGGCUGCCGCGCCGCUCUCGUUCCCGUGCAACCUGCGCGGACCUAUGGGCACCCAGGACGGCUACUACGGCAACUGCUUCGCGGUGCAGCUGGUCCACGCCACCGCCGGCUCGGUGGCCAACGGAGACAUCAGAGACCUGGUGAACCUCAUCAGGCGUGCCAAGGAGACGGUGCUCUCCAACGGCAACGGCAGCAACGGGGACCGGAAAAGGGGGACAUGCCCCCGCCUCUACAACGUACUCGCUGUGGGAAGCUGGAGGAACCUCGGCUUCGACGCCGCCGACUUCGGCCACGGGACGCCGUCGCGCGUCGUGUGCCACAUGGAGCGGGUGGCCGGGCCGUGCUGCAUCGCCUGCCCGCCGUGCAAGGGGAAGGACGGUGUCGAUGUCAUGUCGCUCUGCGUCAGGCCGGAGCACGUCGAUGCCUUCUUAGCGGAGCUGGCGUCAAUGUGA